AUGGGAUAUGAAAUUGAAAGAUUUAUAUCGGAAAUAUCUGAUAAUUUAAUUUGCAAAUUGUGUCACAAAGUGUACGAUAACCCAAAAUCAUUGACUUCUUGUGAUCACAUAUUUUGCUUUUCUUGUAUUGAAAAGAUUGUGAUCAAUGAAAAUUGCUGUCCAUUGGAUCACACAUUGAUUGAGUCGUCCUGUAUUGAGGAGGCGCCUCCUUUUAUUUUAGACUAUUUGUCAGUAAUGAAAAUUAAAUGUGAUUUCUCUGAACAUGGAUGUCGGGAAUCGGUACCAUUGAAUCGGCUAUUAUUACAUCGGCUUAACUGUGAGUUUCAUCCGGAAAGAAAAAUUAAGUGUACGAACUGUGAAGUCGAUGUCGAAAAAUACCGAUUAAGUGAUCACAACUGUAUUAAUCUCCUGAAGAAUAAAAUUGAUUUUUUAAGCGAUCAGAUAAAUGAUUUGAAAAAUUAUUAUAAUAAUGAGUUAUCUUCAUUGAGAUGUCGACUCGAAAACUAA